AUGGUUGGAAAACGAAAGAACGACGACGAGAAGUCGAAGAACAAGAAUACCCAGCAGGUCACAAAACGCCGCAACAACAUGAGUGAAGUUGAACACACAACGCCAAGAGGGCAGAUACAGCUGCUGUUUCAUAUGCCUUGCGAAAUCUCCGGGCAACUUCUGAGUUCAAGAACCUCGACAGCCAAGCUCAAGAACCAUGCAACUGUUGUUCAGCAACGUCUUGGGAUUGGUGAGGGAGGGGGGGCAUAUUCUCUUUGGGACGACGGAAACAUUGCUUGGGAAACCGAGGAUGAGGAUGAUGAGGUAGUGCAAGAGGCUAUGUGGAGGGAAGAUGAGAAGGCCAAUGGCGUUGAUGAUGUUGGAAUUCAGAAGAUCCAGAGAGAGAUGGUGGCACAAUCUGUCGCUACAACCAAGAAGGUGGAUCAGUUGGGAUUCUCCCUCUGGCGCCGAAAGUGGAGGGUUGCAUACCAAUCAACGUUACGACUAAUGAAGAAGGUCAACACAGACCCAGACUUCCUUGAGAAAUUGCCCCCUGCAAUUGAUCCAACUACAGGGAUCUACUACAACAAGGUUCCGCCACAUCUAUACUUCUCAAAGAUGGAAAUGGCUGUUUGGAGAAACUUCACCUCAUGGAAUCUUGAUGGUGACAUUGCAUAUCUUCCUGGGCCAGCUGAGUGGUACCCUGAUGAUUACGAUACUACUCAGCAUGGUUUCCAUGUUGAUCUUGAUGCUGGCAGAGCAUAUGAAGCUUGGGAGAUGUUGGCUGAAGAAACUGAGCCUACCAAUUUCAAGUGGGUCUUGCCAUCCGAUGAUACAUUGGUACUGUUGCCUCCAACAAAAGAAUCAGAGGAGUUUCUCAGCCAGUUCUACGAAAUGUAG